GCGCCGGCGGUCUGAGCUCGGCGAUCUCGGCCCCAGCUAGGCGGGCGGGGCGGGACGCGCGCCGCGGGAGCGAGCCUGGCCGCCCGCCGGGCCUCAGAGACUGGUGCCCCGCGGCGGAGGUAGGGGGCGGUGAGAAGGGUACCUGGAGCAGGGAGCCGGAAUUCGAACACCUGAAGGAUCGUCUGCUCCUAGCCUGCUGGGGAGAGAGGUGUCUGCAAGGCUGUGACUGUGAGGACAGCUGGGACCUUGCCCAUUCAGGGAUCCUUGCCCUCUAUCUGCGGAGCUGGGUCUACGGGGUGUCUCGUGGAGCCUGCUUCUGUCUAAACCCGCAGCCAGGACCGCAUCUAGGUGGGCGCCCUGCCAUCCUCGUCCCUCCCCCAGUUCUUGUCUUCGGGACUGCGUCCGUAGCCCGCGCACUGUCUACCCUGCCCCGGUUCUUAGUGGAGGCCGUGUCUAUGUAGAGUGGGCCCAGACGCGUGCACCCACGUGUGGAUCUCCGCGGAGCGCUCCUCCCACGGCCCUCCCGUGCGGACACUGAGGUCUAGGGAGUGGCAUGCAGCCCAGCCAGAUGAGGUCCUGGGAUUCAGCAAGUAGGAACAGACCUGAGACUGGGCGCUGGCAUCCCAGGCAAAGAGAGUAGCCAAGGCAAAGGAAUAGAGGUUUCCAACAAGGCGACACAGAGGAUCCCCUGGACCGAGGCAAUGGAGGGCGGCCCAGCCGUGUGUUGCCAGGACCCACGAGCAGAGCUGGUAGAACGAGUAGCAGCCAUCGAUGUGACCCACUUGGAAGAGACAGAAGGAGGCCCAGAGCCUGCCAGGAAUGGUGUGGACCCUCCGCUUCGGGCCAGAGCUGCCUCUGUGAUCCCUGGCAGUGCUUCAAGACCCCCUCAAGUGCGGCCCAGCCUCUCAGCUAGGAAGUUCUCCCUCCAGGAGCGGCCAGCAGGAAGCAGCCUGGAGGCCCAUCCUGGGCCUUAUGUCACAGGGCCUGCCAGCCACAUCUCCCCUCGAGCCUGGCGGAGGCCCACCAUCGAGUCCCACCAUGUGGCCAUCUCAGACACAGAGGACUGUGUGCAACUGAACCAGUACAAGCUGCAGAGUGAGAUUGGCAAGGGUGCCUAUGGCGUGGUGAGGCUGGCCUACAAUGAAAGUGAAGACAGACACUAUGCAAUGAAAGUUCUUUCUAAAAAGAAGUUACUGAAACAAUAUGGCUUUCCACGUCGCCCUCCCCCACGAGGGUCCCAGGCUGCCCAGGGAGGGCCAGCUAAGCAGCUUCUGCCCCUGGAGCGGGUGUACCAGGAGAUUGCUAUCCUGAAAAAGCUGGACCAUGUGAAUGUAGUCAAGCUGAUCGAGGUCCUGGAUGACCCAGCUGAGGACAAUCUCUACUUGGUGUUUGACCUCCUGAGAAAGGGGCCGGUCAUGGAAGUGCCCUGCGACAAACCCUUUCCGGAGGAGCAAGCUCGCCUCUAUCUGCGGGACAUCAUCCUGGGCCUCGAGUACUUGCACUACCAGAAGAUCGUCCACAGGGAUAUCAAGCCAUCCAACCUGCUCCUGGGAGAUGAUGGGCAUGUGAAGAUUGCCGACUUUGGUGUCAGCAACCAGUUUGAGGGGAAUGACGCUCAACUGUCCAGCACGGCGGGGACCCCAGCAUUCAUGGCCCCUGAAGCCAUUUCUGAUUCUGGCCAGAGUUUCAGUGGGAAGGCCUUGGACGUGUGGGCCACUGGGGUCACACUGUACUGCUUUGUGUAUGGGAAGUGCCCGUUCAUCGACGAUUACAUCCUGGCCCUGCACAGGAAGAUCAAGAAUGAGGCCGUGGUGUUUCCCAAGGAGCCAGAGGUCAGCGAGGAGCUCAAGGACCUAAUUCUGAAGAUGCUAGAUAAGAAUCCCGAAACAAGAAUUGGGGUUCCAGACAUCAAGUUGCACCCCUGGGUGACCAAGAACGGGAAGGAACCUCUUCCCUCAGAGGAGGAGCACUGCAGUAUGGUGGAGGUGACUGAGGAGGAGGUGAAAAACUCAGUGAAGCUCAUCCCUAGCUGGACCACAGUGAUUCUGGUUAAGUCUAUGCUGAGGAAACGAUCCUUUGGGAACCCCUUUGAGCCCCAAGCACGCAGAGAAGAGCGCUCCAUGUCUGCUCCGGGAAACUUACUGAUGAAAGAAGGGUGUGGUGAAGGGGGCAAAAGCCCGGAGCUCCCUGGUGUUCAAGAAGAUGAGGCUGCAUCCUGAGUUCCUGCAUGUGCCCAGGGCCACCAGGCAGCACGCUCAUCCCGCGCCUCCAGAGGCCCACCGCCCUUAUGCGACAGCCGCCCCUGCGGGCAGGGGGCUGGGGACUGUGGCCCCUCUCCCGGUCCCCCUCCCCCGUCGUGCUGCAUGACCUCCGCGCGUGCACGUCCAGGGACAGGAUUGGAAUGUGUAUCAUCUGGGGUUUGGGGGAGUAGGGGUCCCAUGGCGCCUUCCUUCUCACCCUGGCUCUUCCUGGCCUAACCCAUCCUGUGAGGAAGCCAGGGGUCCAUGGAACCUCAGAAACCCUACCUGGCUGGUUGGCAAGGCCCAGGGCACGGGGCAGAAGACCAAGAUGGCAGGUGGAGGCCUGGCUUACUGCAGCUCAGGGACCUCCCACUAGGGGCCGGGCAGGCCUGGCUCAGCUGCCACAUCACAUGGAGGGAUGCGCCCCCACCACCUCGGGUGGGGGUGCUAGAGCUUCUGUCUACUCCCAAUGCUGGCAUGGAGGCUCUGACCGCUUCAUGUAUGCCUAGGCCCCACUGGGGAGAGGCAGGUAUUGGAGAAUUCAAGAUUCUCUUUUUUUGUUACCUUUUAUUUUUUAUUUUAACUUGGGGGCCAGGGGAGUGGCGAAGUCACUGGGGAGCAUCUAAUGAGCUUUCCCACAUCCAUGGGUAUGUCCCAGCAUACCCACCAUUAUUUGGCAGUCAAGCAGCCUGGACUGACCUUCCUGGAUUGUUUUGUACUCAGCACAUCUGGAAAAUGGACUGAAUUGAGUCAAGCUCAGAGCAAAGGCCUGAAUCAGGAGCAGCACAGCUUGUCUGCCCACCUCA